AUGGCCGUCACUCAGCAAGUCAUUACGCCUCCUCUCACACCUCCUCUUGGGGCCAAGAAGGACCUAGCCGGCUCCCUUUUGCCCCAUACAUCGCACGAGCAGAACCUCAUACGACUCCAACGUCAUCUCCUCAGCUUGCCGAAUGACUUGCUCAGACAUUCGCACCUCGCCAAGAUCAGACAGAAAGAUCCAAGGCUAUUUUUCGCUGCUCUUCGAGAUGACCUGACCGGACUCGCGCCAAUUGUAUACACACCCACAGUCGGAGAAGCAUGCCAAAAAUACUCUGAAGUCUUCCAAGGACCAGAAGGACUGUAUCUUUCGAUCGAUGACAAGGACAAACUACCCGAAUUGCUUACCGCCUACCGCGACACUUUGGACAAUGUUCCUCGCAUCAUCGUUGUUACCGAUGGAUCCAGGAUCCUCGGUUUAGGUGAUCUCGGCAUUGGUGGUAUGGGAAUCUCGGUCGGCAAGUUGAACCUGUAUGUCGCCGGUGGUGGAGUCGACCCCCAUGGCUGUCUCCCGAUUGUUCUCGAUAUGGGCACAGACAACCAGAAGAUAAGAGAUGACCCUGUUUACAUCGGUCUUCGUCGUCCGCGAGCCACACUGGAGCAAGCAACGGAAUUCAUGGACGCCUUCAUGGAAGCUGCCUCGGAGGCAUUCCCAAAGGUCGUCAUCCAACACGAAGACUUCUACUCUGAAGCUGCAUUCGCAUUUCUCGAAAGGUAUCAAAACCAGUAUAGAAUGUUCAACGAUGACAUCCAGGGCACCGGUUCUGUCAUCCUGGGAGGCUUCUUUGCGGCUGCCAGACAGGCCAGCAAGGCCUCUGGCCUUCCGUUGAAGGACCACAAGGUCGUCUUCCUCGGUGGAGGAAGUGCUGCCGUGGGUGUCGCCAAGGAGAUGAUGAACUUUUUCAUGAUGGAGGGAUUGACGGAACAAGAAGCGAAAGAAAGAUUCUGGCUGAUCGAUACCAAGGGCCUCAUCACUCACACCCGACACGAUGUCAUCUCUGGCAAGAUUGCGUCUCACAAGAAGUACUUCAUCCGAGAAGACACCGAAGGCAAAGAAUAUGCCAAUUUAGCCGAAGUGGUCGACUACGUCCAGCCUACUGCUCUUGUCGGCCUCUCGACCGUCUUUGGAGCUUUCCCAGAACCUGUGGUCCGCAAGAUGGCUCAACUCAACAAAGCACCCAUCAUUUUCCCUUUGUCGAACCCCACGUCUAAGUGCGAACUGGCAUUCUCAGACGCACUUGAAUGGACAGACGGGCGGGUCCUUUUCGCUUCCGGCAGCCCGUACCCUGCUCAACAGUAUGAGGGUAGGACGCGAGUCGCCGGUCAAGGCAACAAUUUUUACGUGUUCCCUGGUAUCGGAUUUGGUGCGCUUGCAUGUGGGGCCACCACCAUUACCGACAGAAUGAUCACUGCUGCUGCUAUUGGAUUGAGCGAAUCCCGAACACAGGAGGAGAUCGCUGCGGGCUUGCUGUACCCUCGAUUGGAAAGAAUCCGACAGGUGUCUGCUGCUGUCUCAGCGGCACUGGUCAAGCAGGCGCAGAAAGAGGGGGUGGACACCAACGAGGAACUUCGAGGUCUUUCGGAUGAAGGCCUUCGCGAGGCAAUGUUGGCGAUGCAGUGGCACCCGUGAAGGAUCUACCUUAGGUGACCCAGGAAAUCUGGCUCGGCAUUGUUCCUGGCUGCUCUUGUACAUAGGCGUUGGUGACUCGGACAUUCAAACAGGCUUGCAGCAAUUGUUCAUGCAAGCAGCUUCCUACGUGGCCUUCUCUUCGAGCCAAUUGCCAUCUUUUAGCAUGUAAUGGAGCCGUCAACCCGACACAUGAUCAAGAUGCGAAUCCUUCCUGAGCCCCAAGUGCGUCGGUGAGGUUUUUACCCUCAAUCUCCCGUGCUUUCGACGGAAUGACAACGGCGAAUGUUCCUGAAGAAUCGAGUGACCGUCAAUUCAACAAGUACACUUUGUCGCCCUGAAUGCGAAGUGCUUACGGGCAGUCUCCGAGGUCUCAUUCGACCACUGAUGCACAUUUGCAGCUUGGACGACAAGCUCUCCAGCUU